AUGUCACAAGAAUCAGAAAAUUCAGCAAAUUCAGAGACGACAUCUGCUCAAGCAGUUACGAAUUCAAAUAAGACUAAGCAAGAAAACUUAUUUCAAUCUGUCGGUGAAAUUGCCGCAGAAGCUGAUAGAGAGGAAGAUGAUCAAGGUUUGAGAAAAACAGGAGCAGAAGAUGCUCAAGGUCAUGCAGUGCAAGAAGUUGAUUCACUUUGUAUGAGAUGUGGCGAAACUGGAGUCACUAGAAUCUUGUUGACUUCAAUCCCAUACUUCAAAGAGAUUGUGCUUAUGUCUUUCUCCUGUCCUCACUGUGGUUUUAAAAACAGUGAGGUACAACCUGCUUCAGAAAUUCAAGAAAAGGGUGCUAGAUAUGUUUUGAAAAUUGAGAACCAAGAAGAUUUUAACAGACAAGUAGUCAAAUCAGACUCUUGUUCAUGUAAGUUUGUUGAACUAGAUAUUGAAAUCCCACCACAAAGAGGUCAACUUAUUACUCCGGAAGGUUUGCUUAGUGAAAUGAUUGAGAAUUUACAAGUAGAACAACCUCAGAGGAAGAUUUUACAACCAGAAAUUUACCAGAAGAUUGAGGAUCUUAUUGAAAAAGUGCAAAAGUACGUCAAUUGCGAUCCAGCAGUAUUACCUGUCACACUUGUUGUUGAUGACCCCGCUGGGAAUUCAUGGAUUGAAUAUAUUCCAGGAGAGCCUCAACACAAAUGGAGUUGUACUCAUUACGCAAGAUCUCCAGCUCAGAAUGUUCAAUUAGGUUUGAUAUCAGCUGACGAAGUUGCAUAUCGUGAACAACAAAUUCAAAAGCAGAAGGCUGCAGAAGCACAAAAGUUAGUUCAGCAUGUCCAUGCUCAUCCGGGAGACCAGCAUAAAGAAGAGAAGAAUGACAAUCCAAGAGCAACUGGUAUAAUAUCCGAUAAUUCUGAAAUUGAGAACUUUUCAAAUGAGGUUGAGACAUUCCGUGCUACAUGCUCUGGAUGUUACUCUCCAUGCGAGACGCACAUGAAGCUCGUCAAUAUUCCCCAUUUCAAGGAUGUUGUUAUUAUGUCGACAGUAUGUGAUCAUUGCGGAUAUAAAUCUAAUGAAGUCAAAACAGGAGGCGAAAUUCCUGAUCAUGGAACAAAGAUAUCACUCUACUGUGAUGAUUCUGAAGACCUUGCCCGUGAUAUCUUAAAAUCUGAGACUUGUGGUAUGUCCAUUCCUGAAUUAAAUCUAGACCUAACUCCGGGCACUCUUGGUGGUCGUUUUACAACUAUCGAAGGUUUGCUCAGACAGGUGAGAGAUGAGUUGCAUUCUCGUGUUUAUACACAAACUUCGGACUCCAUGGCUGCUUCGACAAAAUCCAGGUGGACUAUCUUUUUUGAUAACUUGGACAAGGCUAUAGAUGGUAAAACUAAGUUUACCAUUCACAUGACUGAUCCACUAUCUUCUUCAUAUAUACAGAACGUUUACGCUCCGGAUCCAGACCCUAACAUGAAGAUUGAAGAAUACCCAAGAACUGCUGAAGAGAACGACGAGCUAGGUUUGAGUGACAUGAAGACAGAAAACUAUGAGGAGAAUAGCGCAACCGUAGACGCAGGUGCAGAAGUUAAAAGCAGUCAGUAA